GGGAACCUUUCUUGCGCUUGUUGUGGUGGAGGACGGUUUCCAGUGGUGUGCACAGUGAACUUUCACCCCUCGCACUGGGUUUAUUGUUUUGAUUUAGCGGGUUGUCUUUUUAUUUCUCAUGAUCUGCGACGAAUGGACUCAGACUGAGACACACACACUCGCUCCUGCUGAGGCAAACAUGCGGCGUGGAUGAAGAGCGUGUGGACCCGGUGUGUGUGGACAAAGAUGAGUCGUUAGCUGUGCGGCUACGUAGCUUUGGUAACAACAUGACGAUGAGGAGCAGCGGUGUGUAGGAGCGACAGACACAUCGGAUCCUGCUCGCCAGUCACAUAUUUACCGUGUCUUUUGUGUCUGGAUAUUUGUGCACACAAAGCGCCUUUUGUUUUUCAAACAAACUAAGAAAAAACUGCGUAAAUCUAACAUCUCCGAAGAGUAUUUGCAGACGUCGGCUGGACGUUUGCGUCACUUUCUUUCAAUGGGGGAGGAAAAACCAGACACGCUGGACUUUGUGAAGGAUUUCCAGGAGUAUCUGAGCCAGCAGACUCAACAUGUCAACAUGAUAUCAGGCUCUGUCAGCGGCGUCAAGGAGGCGGAUGAGCUGCCACCAGACUGCAGUCAGAAUGGACUGGAUCACCCCUCAGUGGACAUGUCCCUGGAGGACAGCUCAGGGAUCCUGGUCGAUGGUUUCGAGAGAACCUAUGACGGGAAGCUCAAGUGCCGCUACUGCAACUAUGCCACCAGAGGCACGGCAAGACUCAUCGAGCACAUCCGAAUUCACACAGGAGAGAAACCUCACCGCUGCCACCUGUGCCCGUUCGCUUCGGCCUACGAGCGCCACCUGGAGGCGCACAUGCGCUCGCACACAGGCGAGAAGCCCUACAAGUGUGAGCUGUGCUCCUUCCGCUGCAGCGACCGUAGCAACUUGUCGCACCAUCGCCGUCGACGCCACAAACUUCUACCAAUGAAAGGCACUCGCUCGCUUUCCCACAAGAAGAUGCUGAGUGUUUUACAGAAGAAGGCCAGCUCACUUGGCUAUGGCCGUCGACUCCUCAUCAACUUCAGCCCCCCGUCUAUGGUGGUGCACAAGGCUGACAAUGUGAGUGACUUCUCCCAUGAGCUGCCCCACUUGCGUCAGGAGACCUACGAUAAUCAGAGUAGAGCAGCUGAGGACGGGCACUCCACAAAUCAAAAUCACCAUCACCAUGACAUGGUUAUGGAUAACCCCCUGAACCAGCUGUCUACCCUGGCGGGCCAGUUGGCCAGCCUCCCUUCAGAGUCUCAGGCCCAGACUCAACCUCCCAUGUCUCCAGGUGCAGAGUCUAUUGUCGAUGAGAAGCCCUUCCUCAUCCAGCAACCCCACCCUGCCACAGCUCCCGUGGCUGUCGCAGCCAGCAUGGUCCAUGCUUCGUCCUCUUCUCCAAUCACCCCAGAGCCCCGGGCUCCUCCACACAGCAAUUGCAGCCCCGGAGGGGGACCCUGCAGCGAGCACAGUGGGCGCACCAGUACCCCUAGUAUCUCCAACAGCCAACCCAGUACGCCGGCCCCAGGCCUGUCCGCCCCGCUCCAGGACCCCCACAUGUUGCAUCACUGCCAGCACUGUGACAUCUACUUCCCCGACAACAUCCUUUACACCAUCCACAUGGGCUGCCAUGGCUACGAGAACCCAUUCCAGUGCAACAUCUGCGGCCACAAGUGCAAGAGCAAGUAUGACUUUGCCUGUCACUUUGCCCGCGGUCAGCACAAAUAAUGGAUGAAGAGGAAAUCUCGGAAAUAACUUUUAACGGACAGCUUUGUUCCAUUAAUUUCAUAGUAAUUUUAUUUAUUGGUCUUUUACUUGGCCUUGAUGUAGCCUAGCCUUUGAAAGUUGUACUUAUACAGGAAAAUGUCGACAUUCAGAUGGUUUCAUUUUUGUAUGAUGGCCAUUCAAGUGUAUUAUAAAAGGAUGAUCAGUGUUUUCAACAAGUUGAGAAUUUAUUUGUGAUGGUGGCGUCAAACAACUUUCCUACCUAUAGCCACACUAAUAACCCCUGUUUAUGGAUGUCGUAGCUUACCAAAUUCACAACAUUCCUUGAAUUUAUUUCUUAUUAUUAAAUUUUUUUUUUUGGCCUUCAUGCCUUUAAUGACAGGACAGCUGAAGAUAGACAGGAAGCAGGGGGCAUGACACGCAGUAAAGGGCCGUCCGAUGCGGGAUUCGAACCGGGGCCAGCUGCAGCGAGGACUGUAGCCUCUACACAUGGGGCGGCCGCACAGCCCACUACGCUACCGACCGCCCCUAGUUUGUCUUUUUUGAUAUUCAUAGCUCAGAAAAGUAACGCUGUUCCUAUGUUAGAGCUUUCCUCUAAGUACAUGAACAGAUAGGGACCAUUUAUACAGGUUGCAUGGCCUCAUCUCAGACUGAAGUGAAUGAAAAACAAUGUAACAAAGAAUUUAUUCAGCAAUCUAAAAACAACUUAUGAAUAAAUAAAAUGAUAACAUGCAUACUACGGGCAGAAGAAAACAAAAUGUAUGCAGAUGUUUUUAUUGAAGCCUGCUUGUAAACCUGAGCGUGUCACCCAAAUAAAUUCUCAACACUCCUGAAGCUGUAUCUGCAGAUCACUCUGAUGACAGGAGUUAAACUGUUGACCUAAAGAGAUCUUACUUAAGCCUUGUUGAAAUUAUUUCAGUGCUUGGUGCAUUACUACUGUUUCUUUGCAGUGCCUGACAUAGUCACUUUCUUGUGUGUGUGUCUAAGAUAGAGAGGACUGUUAUUUUAAAAUUUAAUGGAUAUUAUUAUAAUAUCCUCUUCUUACUGUUAUGGAUAAGCCCAGGACCUUAGGGGGGAAAAAUAGUUGGGCCGUCAUAGUUUUCUAUGGUAGCAAUGACUUUUUCUUUGCCAAAAUUCUGCUCCAUGAAUGCUGCUAAGAAACUUUGGGAUCAAAACUAUAUGGAUGGCAUCCACAGUUAAAGAAAUACUGGCCAAACAUUGUAUCUGGUUUUUGGUCAGGCGGUUGUUUUAAAAAUAGAUUUUGUAAAAGUUGUGUUGUUUUGAAGUCUUUCCACACAGUGCCCUUCUUUGACCAGCGUUAUGGUAACGUCACUCAUUUUGUUAAAAGGGUUUUUCCAUCCUAUCCUUUUGAUUACAUCAAAUCACAUUCUCAUGUUUUGAUAUUGUAUGAAGUCACUUUGAUAUCCAGUGUCUCCGUGUUUAGGACAAAAUCACCAGUCUUGUGUCUCAUGUAAACACAUUUUUCAGAAUUGCCACGUAGCGCUGGGAAUGCCACGUUUUAGCCUUUCUGAUGACAAAUGCUGAUGAUGAUUCCUGAUUUAUCAUAUGGAUCCCAGUGCUUUACUGAAUAUUUACUGAGUAUUGUAUUCUGAGUGGUUGGAUAGAUGUUCAGUGUCAAAAAAAAAAAAAAGCAAAAUAAUGUUGCAGUAAGACUGCUACUUUAGCAAGAUUGUUCUUUGUCUUGGGUACUGUUGUCUGUUGCGUAGCAACAUACGUGGAGAACAUAGUUACUGUUUUUAGGACCACCUCCUUGUCACCAUGUUUACCAGUAAUAGGAGCAUCCAGUAAUGACUGCCUUAUGUUCUCUCAGUGUGUCGUAGGUUCAUAGGUAACGGUGAAUGUUGAAGCCUUUUGGCCGAUCACUCUCUCCCUCUGGGACGGCAAAUCAUUUUAUUGUGACAUGAAUUAAUCUAACUAAUUUAUAAGUAAAGUGUUUUCUAACUGAGCA